AUGGGAGCUCCUGGCGGGAAAAUCAACCGGCCCCGGACGGAGCUGAAGAAGAAGCUGUUCAAGCGACGGCGGGUGUUGAACCGGCAGCGGCGACUGAAGCACCGGGUAGUCGGGGCUGUGAUCGACGAAGGGCUGAUCACGCGGCACCACCUGAAGAAGCGGGCGUCCAGUGCACGUGCCAACAUUACUCUGUCAGGGAAGAAGCGCAGAAAACUCCUCCAGCAGAUCCGGCUUGCCCAGAAGGAGAAGGCAGCCAUGGAAGUGGAAGCCCCCCCCAAGCCAUCCAGGACUAAAGAACCACAGCUCAAACGCCCGAAGACAAAAGCCCCCCAGGAUGUAGAUAUGGAAGAUCUUGAAGAGGAGACCUGA